UCGUUAUCACAGAGUCAUCUGCAGAUCGUUAUCACAGAGUCAUCUGCAGAUCGUUAUCACAGAGUCAUCUGCAGAUCAUCAUCAUCUGCAGAUUUUUUCACUCAUCGUAAUGAAACCACUUUCUUCAAAGCGUCAUCUCGUACAACACAUUAUUCAUUUCAUUCUUCCGUGGAUGACGUGCACAGUGAACUUAUGGAACGUGUCAAUUGGAUACCCUAA